AUGAUAUUGAAGAAAAAACUCUUAUUGAUUGUUAAUUUAUUUAUCAUAUGCGUAUAUUUAGAUUUUCACCACGUCGAUUCAAAAAUAAACAAAAUCAAUUAUAACAAUGAUGAUCUUAUAAACAAUUAUGUUGACAUUCCAAUGUCCUAUUCGAAUUAUAAUGACGAAAACAAGAAUGAACUUGGCAAAUAUUCUGAUGGGAACAUAAGCGAAGUAAAUAGUGAAAAUAGUAAAAAUGCGAAAAAUUGUGACAAAACUCAGGGAUCAAAUGGUGAAGAAUUAAAAAACGAAUUGAAUGAUAACAAAGAUGUUGUUUUGGAAAAUGAAAAAGAAAAUAUAAAUAAAAAUUAUGACACAUUCUAUUUAUUUAAAAAUCCAUUAAAUAUUAAUAAAAUGUUUAAAAAACAAAUGAGUAUGAACAGAUGGAAUAACAUUUUUAAUUUUUUCAAAAACAAUAAAUCCCAAGAAUUUAAAGGAACUAAAAAUAUUUUUUUAAAUGAAAUACAAAAUAGUUAUGCAUAUAGAAAUGGGUUAUAUUUUAGCGCAACUAGCGUUGGAGAAUAUAAUAAAAAAGUUGAUAAAAAUAAAUUUGCUAAUAUAAAUUUUCCAGAUAAUACUAUGAUUUUAGUUGUAACGGGAAAUAAAUUAUUUUUACAAAAUUUAAUAUAUUCUGCUAAUAAAGAAAAUGCAAUUAAACAAAAAUUCACAUAUACCAUGAAUAAAAUAAUAAACAAUUUAAAAAAAAAAUUAUAUUUCAAAAAUUUUAAUUAUCAAUAUUUAUAUAGAAAUGAUUCAUUUGCUAAUGAUACUUUAAAAAAAAAACUUGAUAUGGAUUUAUUAGGUGAAUUAUCUAACAUAACUCAAACAAUAUAUGUUGAUGAUAAUAAAGUAAAUAUGCAUAAAAUAUAUGGUGGAUGGUUUCAUUUCUUGGGUAUAUUAGUAAUUAAUGGAUAUGAUUAUCAAAUUCAAAAUAAUAUAAAAUAUAAUGAUAUUUUUGGAGAAAAAUGUAAUGAUCCAGUACCGAAACAUUUAUUAUCUGAAUUUAUAAAUUUAUUUUCUAAAAAAAAUACAGGAAAAUAUCAAAACGGAUAUUUAUUAGGCUUAUGGAAAGAUUUUCCAAAUAAUAAAUUUGUAAAUUGGAGAUAUUCUUUAGAAUUAUUUUUAUGGGAUUUGUUGGGAAUAUUACCUCAUGAAUUGCCACAUCCAUCUGAUUUAAUUGCUAGUUAUAAUAAAUAUGACGAUAACACAGAAUUAGAAUUAGAUCAAGAAAUAGAAUAUAACAAUGGUGAAUUAAAACAAAUAAAUAAUGAACAUAAGGAUGGUGAUUUACAUCAUUUUGAUAUUGAAAAUACUUGGCAUAAAAUGAUUAUGAAUAAAAUAUCAUCUCACAAAGGAUUUGAUGCUACUAUUGUUUCUGCACAAGAUUAUAUGAAUGCUAAUGGAUAUGAUAAUGAAAUAUUAUCUAAAUAUUAUAAUUUAAAAAAUGAAAAAGAAUAUAUAUUUCUUAUCCUUUUAAAUAAAGAUUUUUUUGUUGAUGAAUUUGUUAAAAGUCAAAAUUAUAGCAUAAGUAAACAAAACUAUUUUGAUAAAAUAUUAAAAGAAAUAAUAGAUGAUGUAGUCAAAAUAUUAGAGGAAGUUAAAAAUAAAUUAUUUCCAGAUAAUGAUGAUAUCAAACCAAUUAUAUCAGUAUAUAAUUACCUAGAAGAAUUUGAAAAUAAUUCUGCAAAAAUUAAUCCACAUAUUUUAGGAGAAAUUGCAGGAAUAACAAAACAUCUAAAAUGUGAAAACUUAUUAAAAUCAUCUAAUAAAUGUACUAAAGAUAUAUCUAUUCAUUAUAAAUAUGGUGGAUGGUUUGAAUUUGGAGGUGCUAUAUAUGUUAAAAAUGUAAAUAAUGUUGAUAUUUCUUAUGAACAUAGAAAUGAUAAAGAACCUAUAAUUAAAAAACAAUAUGAACAAGCAAUAUUAUCACAAGCUAAUUCUAAUUAUUCAAGUGCUGGAUUAUGGAGGGAUAUACCAGAAAAAAAUAUGAUCCCAUAUAGAUACCCAUUAGAAGUUUUUGCUUUAGAAAAUCCUGAAUUAAAUAUUUUAAAUUUGAGAGAUAUACAUCCAUUUAUUGCAAUGAACAUUUUAAAAAAAGGAUUAAAUUCUAUGCAACCCCUUGAGCAAGCAGCAUUACACGAUCCCAAUCAAAUUAUGAUUACAUCAUUUCCUUCUGGUAAUAAUAAUUCAAUUACAUCUCCUAAUAUUGAAACUUAUAAUGAUGGAUUUAUUAUUAAUGAAAAUGUUAAUGUACAUGAUAAUACUGAUGAAUAUAAUGAUUAUGCAGAUCCAUCUAAUAUACAAGAUGAUGGAAUAUAUAUAGAGAUUGAUCAUGGAUUAAAUACAAAAUCAAAUCCAAUUAAUAAAAAAAAUGAAAAUACACAAACCUUAGAUUUAAUAACUAAUAGAAAUUUAUUCAAUACAAGUACAAGUAAUAUGGUCACAGGAAAUCCAUUCUUUUCUAAUAAUAAACAUCAAAGUUUUAUCGAUAAUUUUAAUUAUAUAACAAAAACAAUUAGUAAUAAUAAAGAACUUCCAAAUGAUGAAGAUGAAGAUGAUGAUGAUGAUGAAUAUUUUGAAGAAGAAGAAGAAGAUGCAGAUUCUAGAUCUAUUAUACAUAAUAAUAAAUACUUAAAAAAUAUUAAUGAUUAUAAUAAAAAUGAUACAAAAUUGAAUUCUUUUACUAAUUACUUAAAUAAAUACUCUAAAAAUGAUAAUAAAAAAGAACCUACCAUUAGUACUCAAAUUUAUAUAUUCAUGAUAGUUUGCAUUAUAUUCCUAUUUAUAGCUCUUUUGGCUUUAAUAGGAUUCAGAAUAUACAAUUUGUUAAAAAAAAGAAAAUUAACAAAUAGUAACCAAGGAAUUGUUUUGUCUUUAAAAGAAAAAGGUAUUAUCCCUGUUGCUCAAGGAUUAUCUGCACCUUGGUUAAAUGCUUAA